GGGCUCUCGGGUCUUUUUUUAGCGCCAUCUGCUCGCGGCGCCGCCUCCUGCUCCUCCCGCCGCCGCCCUGAGUCACUGCCUGCGCAGCUCCGACCGCCUGGCUCCCCGUGCUAGCCACCGAUAUUUGGAAUUCUUACAACAUGGCAGACAUUGACAAGAUGCCUCCUGGUCCAGCAUGGCUGUUGGAACUCUAGUCAUCACAUCCCUAUUCUGUGAAGGGAGCAAGAUCAAAAAGGCCUCCCAGCUGUCCACUGUCCUAUAAAGGAGGCUUACUCAAAAUUCUAUACAUUUUGCUUUUUUAACUCAUCAUCCAGAGUUACAUAACCACACCUAGCUAAAAGCAAAGAACAGUCUGAACUUGAUCAAGAUUUGGAUGAUGUUGAAGAAGUAGAAGAAGAAGAAACUGGUGAAGAAACAAAAAUCAAAGCGCGUCAGCUGACUGUUCAGAUGAUGCAAAAUCCUCAGAUUCUUGCAGCCCUUCAAGAAAGACUUGAUGGUCUGGUAGAAACACCAACAGGAUACAUUGAAAGCUUGCCUAGGGUAGUUAAAAGACGAGUGAAUGCUCUCAAAAAUCUUCAAGUUAAAUGUGCACAGAUAGAAGCCAAAUUCUAUGAGGAAGUUCAUGAUCUUGAAAGAAAGUAUGCUGUUCUCUAUCAGCCUCUAUUUGAUAAGCGAUUUGAGAUCAUUAAUGCAAUUUAUGAACCUACGGAAGAAGAAUGUGAAUGGAAACCAGAUGAGGAGGAUGAAAUUUCGGAGGAGCUGAAAGAAAAAGCCAAGAUUGAAGAUGAGAAAAAGGAUGAAGAAAAAGAAGACCCCAAGGGAAUUCCUGAAUUCUGGUUGACUGUUUUUAAGAACGUUGACUUGCUCAGUGAUAUGGUUCAGGAACAUGAUGAACCUAUUUUGAAGCACUUGAAAGAUAUUAAAGUGAAGUUCUCAGAUGCUGGCCAGCCCAUGAGUUUUGUCUUAGAAUUUCACUUUGAACCCAAUGAAUAUUUCACAAAUGAAGUGUUGACAAAGACAUAUAGGAUGAGGUCAGAACCGGAUGAUUCUGAUCCCUUUUCUUUUGAUGGACCAGAAAUUAUGGGUUGUACAGGGUGCCAGAUAGAUUGGAAAAAAGGAAAGAAUGUCACUUUGAAAACCAUUAAGAAGAAACAGAAACACAAGGGACGUGGGACAGUUCGUACUGUGACCAAAACAGUUUCCAACGACUCUUUCUUUAAUUUUUUUGCCCCUCCUGAAGUUCCUGAAAGUGGAGAUCUGGAUGAUGAUGCUGAAGCUAUCCUUGCUGCAGACUUUGAAAUUGGUCACUUUCUACGUGAGCGUAUAAUCCCAAGAUCAGUGUUAUACUUUACUGGAGAAGCUAUCGAAGAUGAUGAUGAUGAUUAUGAUGAAGAAGGUGAAGAAGCAGAUGAGGAAGGGGAAGAAGAAGGAGAUGAGGAAAAUGAUCCAGACUAUGACUCAAAGAAGGAUCAAAACCCAGCAGAGUGCAAGCAGCAGUGAAGCAGGAUGUAUGUGGCCUUGAGGAUAACCUGCACUGGUCUACCUUCUGCUUCCCUGGAAAGGAUGAAUUUACAUCAUUUGACAAGCCUGUUUCAAGUUUUUUUGUUAUUGUUUGUUUGUUUUGUUUUUCCAGCUUAAAAUAAAAAUGUCAAAUAUAAUUUUAGUUCUCACAAGAUAAUGUCUUAAUUUUCUACUAAUUCAGGUAGUAGCAGAGGCCUAGCUUGAAUUAAGCAUUGUACCCAGUUUACCAUAUUAUGGAAGUGAAGUGUGUCAACUUUGGGAGAGGUACUACAUCUGCUAAUUAAGAAAAUAUAAAAAAGAAAGACAAAAUCUUAAAUGAUGUAAUGUUUUUUUAAAAGAGUAAAAGGUUAAAAUUUUAUUUUCCUUUGAUUAGAGCUAGAAAGAAGGCCCCAAGCUUCUAUGGUUAAUUCUGAUUCUUACUGCUUUUAAAGUAUGAAUAUGUCAUUUACCCAUGCUUCUGUUUACUAUGUAUUAAAAUGGGUAGUACUGUUUACCUAACUACCUCACAGAUCUGUUAAGGCAUAUUAAGUUAGAUUUUAUGAAAUGUUUCUCGAUCUCAUUAAAAGCUCAAAAAUUGGACCUAUUUGUACUACAAGUAUGAUAUUCAGCAUUUUAUUCAUACCAGGGUUUGAUAAUUCAACUGGAAAACAGGUUCAAGUACCUCUGUUCUGGAUGUGGUCAGGCAACAUUCUUGCAGAUCUUUGUGUGGCUCCUAUCUUAAUAGAAGCUGCUAGAACAGCAACUCUUUGAAAAGGUCCAAGGAUUGUUUUUAGGUAUUUUAGUUAUGACCAUAUUGUAGUAAAAUACUACAGAGAUCAUGGGACUAACGUAGGAAGAAGACCAUUUUUAGUUGGGGGGAAAUGCCAUUAAAUUUGAGUCUGUAGAGCCACAUUUAAAAUACCUCAGGCUAAUUACUGUUAAUUUUUUGUGAUGAGCUUAAAAGCUUUGAUAGUGAGGGUGGACUAAAUGGAUUAUAAUUAGAGGAUGGCCUAGAGUUCCUGCUCUUAAUAAAAUUACAUUGUUUGUUUUUAGAAGUGAUAGAGCUUCCUUUUUGAAAAUUUAGUAUUUAAAGAUCUUGGAAUGUGAACACAUCUUGUUAAUUGUGUAAUACUAUUCAUUCCUCUUCUGAGAUUUUAAUUAACUACUGGAAAUCCUUAACCAGUUGCAGUAGUGUGUAGGAAAAAAAAUGCCAUGAAAACACUUUGUUUUUCCUCUUUAUUUUGAAAAUGCUUUUCGUUGCUUUGAUUAGACAUUCUUUGCUGAUUUUUGUUUUUGUACCCAUAGCUCAUUCGAUCACAGCCUUUUCUGAACUUAAAAAAAUUUAAAGCUAGAAUCCCAUUUUUAAUGAACUUAAGUAGCAGAACCACUAUUUUUUUUUUCAUUCCUUUAGGUAAUAGCUAUUGCCAAAGUGAAGGGGCAGAUACUAUUUCAUCUUGUUAUAUAAAGGGAUGUGGUUUGCAGAGGAAUUGUUUUCUUAAUAAAUUUGGCAUUGCAAGGGAUAUCAGUGUUCAUCUAUGCCAUCUCUCCAGUUCCAAAAUGGUUCUAUUCCAUUUUAGAAAUUUGAAAUAUGUAAUUUGAAAUCCUUAAUAAAAUUUGCGUUUAAUUUUAUAAAA